ACCAGAGUAGUUCACGGCCUCGCGCCAUUUUAAGAAAGGAAUGGCUUGUUCAGCUCGGUGAGGAUACACGUUGGGUAUUGUGUGGACCGAAAUACAUACAAAAUACUGACGACUGUUGAAGCAGUUCACGCGCGAAGAUUUCCUAUACACAAACGCAGAGGUGUUUUUCCGCUAAAAUCGGAGGUUUCUUCGGAACCGAAUGAGAAGCUGAGGUGAACAAUGACUCAGUUUCUCCCCCCGAACCUGUUGGCAUUGUUUGCCCCGCGGGACCCGAUACCGUUCCUGCCUCAGCUGGAGAAACUGCCCCAUGAGAAACAUCACAACCAGCCCUACUGCGGGAUUGCCCCUUUCAUACGGCAUUUUGAGGACCCCAGAGAUGCGCCACCACCCACAAGAGCAGAGACGCGGGAGGAGAGGUUGGAGAGAAAGAGAAGGGAGAAGAUGGAAAGGAGGCAAGUUGUGGUGGAAACAGAACUGAAGCUAUGGGACCCACACAACGAUCCUAAUGCUCAAGGAGAUGCGUUUAAGACCUUGUUUGUGGCUCGAAUUAAUUAUGACACCACAGAAUCCAAACUACGGCGUGAGUUUGAAGUCUAUGGUCCUAUCAAACGGAUCUAUAUUGUGUACAACAAGAAAACUGGAAAACCAAGAGGCUAUGCGUUCAUUGAGUACGAGCACGAGAGAGACAUGCACUCUGCCUACAAACACGCAGAUGGCAAAAAGAUUGAUGGACGUAGAGUGCUUGUUGAUGUUGAAAGAGGACGAACGGUCAAAGGAUGGCACCCCCGGAGACUUGGUGGAGGUCUUGGUGGUACAAGGAGAGGAGGGGCAGAUGUCAACAUCAAGCACUCUGGCAGAGACGACACUUCCCGCUAUGAUGACCGACCAAUUGGAAGUGACCGCGAUCGGGAUCGUGAACGCAGGGAUCGCAGUCGGGAACGAGACCGAGAGAGGGACCGCGGUGAGCGCCGCCGUUCACGAUCUCGAGAGAGACGCAGACACACCAGGUCUCGUGAGCGCGAGAGGGCCAUCGCGGUUCCAGGGGAGGAGGCAGGAGGUGGCAAUCGGCGCCGAGACAGGGAACGAGAGCGAGGUGUUGCCGAAGGCAGCCGAGAGAGGAGUAGAGACCGAGAUAGAGAAAGAGACCGCAAGAGGAGAAGCAAGAGCAGGGAUAGAAAGAGAGACCGUGAGAGAGGGAAAGGUGCGGAUGGAGGAGAGGAAGGCAUGGGUGGGCUAGUUGAUGCCAUUAUGCCCGAAGGAGGAGAAAGGGGUAUGGAGGACCCAUUGUGUGGUGAGCCAGGACGAGGUGAGGACAGAGUGCCCGAAGGAGAGGAGAGAGGAAGGGAUCGAGACAAAGACAGGGAGAGAGACCGUGACAGGAAGCGCAGCCACAGAGAUAAAGAUAGAGACAGAGAUCGGGAAAGAAGGCGAGACAGGGAUAGAGAUCGUGAACACAAGCGGGACCGGGGCGAUCGGGACCGUGGGGACCGUAGGGAAGACAGACACGUAUCCUCCUCAGGAGAUCAGGAGGGUUUGGGUAACGGAGGUGAAGAAGGUGAAGAGCAGUUGCCGCCACAAUCAGAAGAAGGUUCACAGGAUGGGAUGAGGAUGAUGAUGAUGGAUCAGGAUUCCAUCCAGUCAGGUGAGGGCUAUGCCUCCAAUGAGAACGGAUACAGGAUGGAGGCCCAGGGCGAUGAGUACUGAAGUGCCCCAUUGUGUGACUCAUCCGAGGUCCUCCAGUUGUAAUGUUGAUUGGAUUCACAAAUAUCCUCAACCAUUAUUUAAUGCUCGCACUAUGUCCACAGUGUGUAAGUGUUAUACUGUACUACCAACUGCUAUCAUUGAGAGAGCUAAGUGUCUCCCUGGUAAGAAGCAUCCUUUGUUAAAAUCAAAAGAUUAUGUAGUUGAACCCAGGUUAUUUAAUUUGUGGGGAUUUGUAGACACAAAAUGUCACUAAAUAGCUAGCCUUAUGAUGCAUUUGAAUUCCCUGUCUAACAUCAGCUCAGUAUCAAGUGACUGCACUGCUAGGAAUAGAUCUCUUGACUAAGCCACUGUAUUUUAUUACAGUGUAGUUUAUUCAGUAAGGGACGGGUAACUGUCAUGAUUGGGAUUGUUUAGUACUGUUAUGUCCAUUUGCAUAUAUGUUUGUUGAUUACAAGAGUUAUUGGUUUGUAGUGUUAUCUGAACAACGUUCCCUUUAUAUCUGCACCCCCCAAUUUCUCUGCAGGUUCAUUUUUUUUUCUCUUGUCUUGUACAUUUUGUUUCAUAUUUGGUUCGAGAUGUGGAUCGGUUGAAAAUUGUACAGUGGCGCCUAAUUUUACUAUAGUAACAAAGGCAGCAAACAUUGACAGAUGUUUUUUUUUUUUUUUUUUAAUAGGAAUGUCUUCAAUGGGUUCACAAAAAUCGCUCUUAAAUGUGUUUUUUUUUUUGCUUGUAUCUCUGGUCGUAUUGGUUAUGGUUUUCAUUCUUGAAUAAAUACUUUUUAUUGCCAAA